CUAGCGCCGCGCUUUGUUAUUCUCACUGGCUUGAUCGUGCUCUGCUGGGUCCUAGGGCAGUGCACUCUUUGGCCUACUUUACGAUGGCCUCAGGUCGCCUCCAUACGUUGUACAGCCUCCAUUUGCUGCAGAUCUGGCCCACAGUUUUUACAGGACUUAAGAGUGCAUUGAGCCCCCUUCCAUUUCAACCCUCUUCAACCCUCACCAUUUCCCCCAACCUUCCAUGACCAUCACGAUGACCUCCCCACCCAAGAAACAAGUCUGGUUUAUCACGGGCUGCUCCAGCGGCUUCGGCGAGCAAUUCGUUCGACAACUGCGCGCACUUGGCGAUGACGUGGUUGCGACAGGUCGCAAUGCCGAGACAAAGCUCGCUCACCUGAAAGACACGGGCGCGACGAUCCUCGACCUCGACGUCACUGCCCCGCAGGCUGAACUCGAUGCAAAGUUCCAGCAAGCGAUUGACAUCUACGGGACCGUCGACGUGCUGGUUAAUAAUGCAGGGUAUAUCCAGUGCGGGGUUGUCGAGGAGCUCACCCACGAGGAAAUGCAGCGCUCCUUUGAAACGAACUUCCACGGGCCCAUCAACCUCACCCGCUCGGCACUGCCACACUUCCGAAGCAAGGGCGAAAAGGGCCAGGGGGUGAUCAUCUACAUGGGCUCGCAGGCCGGGUUCUACGGCGAGCCAGUGGCGUCGGCGUACUGUGCUAGUAAAUGGGCGCUUGAAGGCGCCGUCGAGUCCCUCUCGAAAGAACUCGCCUUCCUCUCCCCGGGAAUAAAACCUCUGAUCGUCGAAGCAGGCAUCUGCAGCACAGAGGUAAUGAAAAACAUAAACCACGCCCCUCACCGCGUCGACUUCUGGCGCCCUCUCAACGACGCGUGCCGUGUCCGCGGCGCAGGCAAUUACCGCAACGAGCCAGGGAACGCGGUGGAGGUGGUAUCGAAGAUUAUUCAGCUUGCAAAGGGGGUGGGGAUUGGUGCGGGGAAAGAGAUUCCGCUGCGUGUGCCGUUUGGGAGUGACUGUCUGAAGGCUUUGAAGGAGAAGAUUGCGCACUUGAAUGGCGUUUUGGAGUGGGAGGAUGUUGCACGGAGUACGGAUUUUCAGGGGCAUACGGGGCCGAUGCCGGCUGUGCCUACCAGUGAUGAGGUGGAGGAGAGCUCUUGACCAUGAUACUUGGGUUUGGGAAUUGGGUUUUGAUGACGGGGUGCGGCCUAAACCUGGGAUGGCUUUUCAGACGUGACAUCCUCGUUUAACGUCAUCCAUAAUGAACCGGGAAACCCGAGUCAUGAAUAACUUCAAAUAGAGAGAAUAUGCCAAAGAAGUAGUGGGUUAAUUGCAACAUUGCAUGAAUAUUAAUCAAGUGCUUCCCUCUAAUU